AGCGUGACACGGGUGAUUAGCAAUGCAAAGCUCCGGUGCUGCGCCAUAAUCUGCACUGGGGAAACAUCAACCCUUUCCUGUGCGACUUCUCUUUCUCCACAUCUUCUCUUCUCCUCAGGGAUCUCACCAACCGCAGAUCUGGAACCAAAAAUGAACUGGGCGUCAUUUUAUGCCGUGAUCAGCGGCGUGAACCGACAUUCCACCGGCAUUGGGCGGAUUUGGCUGUCUGUCCUCUUCAUUUUCCGGAUCCUGGUUCUGGUGGUGGCGGCGGAGAGCGUGUGGGGCGACGAGAAAGCGCAUUUCACCUGCAACACCCAACAGCCGGGAUGCAACAGCGUGUGCUACGACCACUUCUUCCCGAUCUCUCACAUCCGACUGUGGGCCCUGCAGCUCAUCAUGGUCUCCACCCCCGCCCUGCUGGUCGCCAUGCACAUUGCACACCGUCGGCACAUCGACAAAAAGUUGUAUCGCCAGGCUGGCCGCACAAGCCCGAAAGACUUGGAGGCGAUAAAAAAUCAAAAGAUGAAGAUUACCGGCGCCCUCUGGUGGACAUAUAUGAUCAGCCUGCUGUUCCGUGUGUUGUUCGAGUCCGCUUUUAUGUAUCUGUUCUACAUGAUUUACCCGGGCUAUAAGAUGUUCCGGCUGGUGAAGUGUGACUCGUACCCUUGCCCAAACAUUGUCGACUGUUUCGUGUCCAGGCCGACAGAGAAAACAGUCUUUACCAUAUUUAUGCUGGCGGUGUCCGGCGUCUGCAUCCUGCUCAACAUCGCCGAAAUCGUCUUUCUUGUGGCGAGAGCAACAAGUCGACAUCUUAACAACUCAAAAGAUACUGCUGUGGGAGCCUGGAUCUCCCAAAAACUCUGCUCCUUUUAGAAGUGCUCGGCCUCAAGCCUUAAAUAUGUCACUCAAACACUUAUAUUUAAUGAGGGUUAACAAUAAUCCGUGUUGGGUAAGGUUCCUAAUAUAUUACAAUCUUAAACGCCAUCCUAAUUUAAAAAUAAAAAUCAACAACCCACACAAAAUAGGCUGCUUUCUUAUCUACUUCUUUAAAAAAAACUAAGUAACACAUUUAGUUACUUUUUUAAAGUGACUUAAGAUUGUAAUACUUUUAAAAGUAACUUUACCCAACACUAAUAAUAACACGUCA